AUGAAUGGAAGGACAAGCAGGCAGGAUCGGGCACUUGGUGCUGACCUGUGGUUUUCUCUGCCAGCUCCCCUCUGCCUGAUGACCCUGCUGAUGCCACCUUUCCGCCAAGCAGCUCCUAUCUCCCCAGCUGAGCCCAUCAAGCAAGCCUACAGUCUGGCCCUUUACAUGCAGAAGAACACGUCAACGCUGCUGCAGACUUACCUCCAGUACCAGGGCAGCCCUUUCAGUGACCCAGGCUUCUCGGCUCCAGAGCUCCAGCUCAGCAGUCUGCCUCCGGCCGCCGUCUCCUUUAAGACCUGGCAUGCCCUGGAAGAUGCGGAGCGGCUGGGCCGAGCCCAGGAGGCCUUCCUGGCCUUGACCCAGCACCUCCAGCUGGUGGGGGACGACCAGAUCGACCUGAACCCCGGCAGUCCCAUUCUGCUGGCCCAGCUUGGGGCUGCAAGGCUCAGGGCCCAGGGCCUUCUGGGUAAUAUGGCUGCCAUCAUGACUGCCUUGGGGCUGCCUGUUCCCCCGGAAGAGGACACUCUUGGACUGGUCCCAUUCGGGGCCUCGGCCUUUGAGAGGAAGUGUCGGGGCUACGUCGUGACUCGGGAAUAUGGUCACUGGACAGACAGAGCUGUGAGGGACCUGGCUCUGCUCAAGGCCAAAUACUCGGCAUAG